CUGGAAGUUGAAGUUAAUAAUUUUUAGAACGAAAUUUAAACAUGUUACGGUUUUGGUUUUGCUAUUAAGAAAUUUGCGUUAUGCAAAAUUGUGUAACAUUUUGUUUCUAAAUAAUGUAUUUACUAUAUGAUCUGUGAAGUCACUUUGUUGUGAAAAAUUUGAAUAAGUGACAUCGAAAAUAAAUAAUUCAGUAAAGAUGAAGAAAUCUUCCUUACAUUCUUUAAAGGCUUAUAUGUCAGAUGAAUCUAAUUCUUCAGAUAAUCAAAGAACGGAUGAGAGGAACAAAAAUAAUGACUCAUAUGGUGAACAAGCACAAGAUCUUGACGAGAGUAUACCUACCGCUGAUGAAAAAGGCAUUCAUUCCUCCUCCCAGAACACCACAAUAAACACUAGAAAAAAGAAAUAUAGAGAGAGGAAAUCAAAACAAAAACACUUAGGAGGAAAUUCUAAAAAGAAGCACAGAAAAAACAUUUCCACGGCAAAAUGUUAUGUGACUAAAGAGGAGCAGACUAAUUGUGCAUCUGAUGGUUCACUUGUAAUGAAGAAUCAUAAACCCUCCAGUGCAUUCAGUUUUAGUUUACUGUCUUACUUUAAGGAACCAAUAGAAGGAAGUCAUCUAUCAGAUUAUGAAUUGGAACAGGCUGAUUUUCUGUCAAAUUGGCCAGCUGAAGUAAAAAAAGAAUCAGACAUUGUACCAUCCAAGCUCACAACCAAACCAAGUCAUUUAUUAGAGCCUGAGCUAGUAAGGACUAUUUCUUUGCCCAGUUCUUCAGCUAAAGCCAAAAAGGAUUUAGAUAAUAAUUUUCUGAAAGAAGCAGUCAAGAGUAUUCAUUCAUCAGAUUCUGAGACGGAUGAGGAUAGUUCUUUGCCCAGUUCGCCAGUUGAAGCUAAAAAAGAUUUUGGUAGUUAUGUAUUAUCUAACAUCAAAGAACCAAUUGAAGUUAUUUGUUUGUCUGAUACUGAUCUGGAGCAAGCUGAUUCUACAUCUAAAAGCCCAACUCAAGUGGAGGAACAAAGGGAUACAGAUUCACACAGUUUAAUGCCCUGCUUCAAAGCAGCUAGUUUAUCAUCAGAGUCUGAACAGAAUAGUUCUGCUUCAUUUGGUGAACAUACCCAAGAGCAUGCUGAAAAUUUAUCUGAAACUAAUUUAAAGGCUUAUGAUAAAAAUAUACAUUCAUCUUCACAAAAUCUGUCCAUCAACGAUCAAAAGAAACAAUACGAAAGGAAACACCAAGAAAAAGGAGCUCUGGAGAACUCUAGAAAAAGAAAAAGUUUAGUAUCAAAUGAAUAUUCAAGCAUUUCUGAUUGUGAAGAGUCAUCUCAUUGGAGCUCCGAUGAUAAUUCUCUACAAGCAUCAAAAGCAUCCUGUUUUUCAGAAUCCUCACAUGUUUUCAAGCAUGUGCCGUUAACUGAUACUAAUGAUCCAGUAUCAUCCAUUCCUCUUGUUUCUGAGUCUUUAAAGAGGAGUUAUUCUAUGACUGAUGAAGAAUAUUCUAUUCCUUCCUUAAAGCGAAGUCAUUCUAGGACUGAAGAAGACAUUUCUACUUCAUCUUUAAAGCAAAGUCAUUCCAGAUCUAAAGACUUCUCUACCCCUUCCUCAAAGCGAAGAAGUCAUUCUAGGUGGUCUGAAGACUCCUCCACUCCUUCUUCAAAGCGAAGGCAUUCCAGGACUGAAGAAGACAUUUCUACUUCAUUUUUAAAAGAAAUUGAUUCCAGUACCAAAGAUUUUUCUACCCCUUCUUCAAAGCGAAGUCAUUCCAGGACUGAAGAAGAUGUUUCGACUCCUUCUUUAAAAAUACGCCAUUCCCCAACCAUAGAAGACUCUUCCACUUCAUCUUUAAAGCGAAGUAAUUUAACUUGUGGAUCUCACCAAAAAGAAGAUAUCAUAGACGUGUCUGCAAACCUUUCUAUGUUAGACAAGUCUUUAUCGUCAGUUCCUUCUCCACAACUUCUUCCCCCUGGAGAAACUCUUCUACCUCAACCUCUUUCAUUCUAUAAAAUGGUUCCACCUCCUUCAUUAAAGAGAAGUCAUUCUUUGAUUGAAGAAGAUUCUGAAAAUGACAACAAACAUUUGUUUCAAAGAUCAACAGAUAAUCACAAGUCAUACAAUUUUACCUCUUCUGAUUCACCGAUUAUUAGAGGAAGAAGAAGCUUGCCAGCUAAAACUAGAGAAGAUUUUUCCCCCAGUUGCAACUACUCUACAUUUCAUUCAGCUGGACAUAGCUCCAGCUUUCAAUUAGACACUCCUAAACGCGCUUUAAAUUCUUCUGAUAGUUCAAGAAGGCACUCUUAUCAUGAUAAGUACUCUCCUCGAUCUACUUAUAGAUCUUGUGCAACUGAUCAAACACCAUACAGUCCAACUGACUCAUAUCGCAGACAUAAAAGAUUCAAAUCUGAGUUGCCUUAUUACAAUCCAUCAGAUCUUUUAACCUUUCAGUCUGACGUAGGCUUUAUAGAUUCUCAUUGCCAUCUUGACUUUCUUUUUGGUAGGCUGUCUUAUGAUGGUUCUUUUAAGGAUUAUCAGAAACAGAAUAAAGACUCAUUUCCAGUUUGUUUUAAGGGAUGCAUAGCAAUAUUUUGCAAUCCGCCCACUUUCAUCAAAAGGAAACGUUUUUGGCAAGAUCUUCUUGCAGAAGAAAAUGUGUGGGCAUCAUUUGGUUGUCAUCCUCACUAUUCAAAGAAUUACAAUGAUGAAGUUGAAGAAUCUAUAAUGAGAGCAUUAGAUCACCCCAAAGUCUGUGCCUUGGGAGAAAUUGGGCUGGAUUAUUCAAGAAAGAAUGAUUGUUCAAAAGAUAUACAAGAGAAAGUUUUUAUAAGGCAGUUGAAAAUAGCUUUGAAAAGAAAGUUGCCAUUAGUUAUACACUGCAGAGAUGCUCAUGAAGAUGGCCUGGAAAUCAUGAAAAGGAUGGUUCCCAAGAAUUAUUUUAUCCAUUUGCAUUGUUUUACUGAUACCUGGGAAAUAGCACAAAAAUGGUUGGAAGAAUUUCCCAAUCUUUAUAUUGGUCUUACUAAUCUUGUUACUUUUCCAUCUGCUGCAGAAGUACAUGAAGUUGCAAAGAAGAUUCCUUUAAGUCGUCUUUUACUUGAAACAGAUACUCCCUAUUUUAUUCCUAAACCAUUGACCAGGCAUCCUUCAAACCUAAGAAACUCUCACCCAGGUAUGGCUAUCCAUGUUGCUGCCCAAGUAGCUGCACUAAAAGAAGGAAUACCUCUGGAACUCGUAUUGUAUAAAACAAGACAAAAUACCAAAGCUGUAUACAAGAUCUGAAUCACAUUCUCUCUUCCAAUUUGUGAUAUUUUUUUCUAGUCUUGUAAAAUUUACUAUUGCUCAAAUUAGCUGUUAGGAGAGAUUAUGAGACUAACACUGAAAUUAUUUUCAAGAUCUGAAAUCAAUCUAUUCCGUCUUCUACUUUGAUGUUUUUCUAGUCUUGUAUAAUCCUCUAUUUACUCAAGAGCUUAUUUUUUGUCUUUCGAUGAGCUUAUUGAAGGAACAUAAAGACUAUUAUAUAUUAUAUUCAAGAGCGAAAGGUAUCAAUCGAACUAUGGAUGUGAUUAAGAAAAUAAAAGGAUGUUUAUUGUU